GUUUUUACACAGUACACUGUACAAUCAGCUGCUGAUAACAAACGCUCUGUCAACUCGACUUAUAUUCAGCCUUUUCCUGUCCCCGUGGCAGAGUAACGCGUCUCUGGCGAAUGCCACUGUACUGCUGACUCGCAGGACCUCCGGUUACGUGGAAAAUCUUGUUGAAAUGGCUGCUGCGUCUGCUGAAAACGGCGCCCGGAAAGUCGCCCUCAUCACCGGAAUCACUGGCCAGGAUGGCUCGUACCUUGCCGAGUUCCUCAUUGCCAAGGGCUACGAGGUGCACGGAAUCAUCCGCCGUGCAAGCACAUUCAAUACCGGCAGGAUCGAGCACCUCUAUGCAGACCCAAAGUCCCACAAAGAGGGCAAAAUGGUACUCCAUUAUGGUGACAUGACAGACAGCAGCUGUCUCGGCAAAAUUAUCAGCACGGUCCGACCGACAGAAAUUUACAACCUGGCAGCUCAGAGCCACGUCAAGGUGUCUUUUGACCUGAGUGAAUACACUGCUGAGGUGGAUGCUCUUGGUACAUUAAGGCUUUUGGAUGCCAUCCGCACCUGUGGGCUAGACAAACAGGUGAAAUUUUAUCAAGCUUCAACUUCGGAACUCUAUGGAAAAGUACAAGAAACCCCUCAAAAGGAGACGACACCCUUCUACCCUAGAUCACCCUAUGCAUGCGCCAAGCUCUACGGGUACUGGAUAGUUGUGAAUUACAGAGAAGCGUACGACAUGUUUGCAUGCAAUGGGAUUCUAUUCAACCACGAAAGCCCAAGAAGAGGAGAGAACUUUGUUACCAGAAAAAUUACUAGAUCUGUCGCGAAAAUUACGCUUGGCCAGAUGGAGUGCCUGGAGCUGGGAAAUCUAGACUCAAAACGAGACUGGGGACACGCUAAAGACUAUGUUGAGGCAAUGUGGCUGAUGCUGCAGCAGGAGAAGCCCGAAGACUUUGUUAUUGCAACUGGUGAGACAAGAAGCGUCAGAGAGUUUGUUGAAGCAUCCUUUAAGCAUAUUGGCAAGGAAAUAAUUUGGGAAGGUGAAGGAGUCAAUGAGGUUGGCAAGGAGAAAGACACUGGCAUUGUCAGAGUUCGAGUAAAUCCAAAAUACUUCCGCCCUACUGAAGUGGACCUUUUGCUUGGUGAUUCCACUAAAGCCAAAGAAAAAUUGGGCUGGAUACCGAAAGUAGGAUUCCAGGAAUUGGUGACUGACAUGAUGAAUUCUGAUAUAAAACUGAUGAAGCAAAACUCAUGUGCGUAACGCGAAGAUAAUGAGUGCGUUUGAAGUCACAAAAGUGCAAUGCUUUUUUAAGGCCGUUGUUUGAUGCAUUUCAAAUUUUAUUUCUGGACAAGUUUUUACAAUUCGAAUCUGUUGGUGUUUCCACUGUUGUUAUACAUAAUAUGUCAUGCUUUAAGUUUUAUUGCAUAUUACAAUUUUGCAUUGUUUGAAGGGUUGCUAACUAUAAAACUGUGUGUAAUAUUUUAAAUAAUUGUGCAUUCCAUUAUUUCUGAUUUGAAAAUGCAUUUCAAUUAUUGAACACUGUCAAUUUUUCCUGUAUUUGUGCACAGAAAUGAUAUGUGCAGCUAGUCUGCUAUUGGUUCUAUUUACAAACGAAAGUAAAUAAAAAUCAUUUUGACCAAA